UGUCAGGCAACACUGGGUCGGACCUCGUGAACUCCACGACGUGACAGGUCCAGGUUUCAGAGUUUCAGGGAUGGCCUUCAGGAUAUUGAGAGCCUGUGGAGCUCUGGCUGGACCUAGGGUAUCCUUCAACAUCUCGAGAACCGGAUUGCAAAAUAUUCCCCCUGGGAGUCAGUGCACCCUGCAGACGAUUAAUGAGGGUACUCCAGUGAAGAAUUUUGUGAGGAACGUGUCGUUCUUCAAUGAAUAUCCUGCCGAUCGUCUCUGGAAGUCAGCGACCCACGUCAGCAAUGCAGGAAGAAAGAGAGGACGAGCUAAAUCGAGAAGAAUCAUAAAAAAUUUGAAUAAAGGACAAGUAAUUGGCGUUGGUAAGAAGAACAUGCUGUUUCCUGGAUUGAACUCUCCAGUUCUGAGGGGACGUGAGCUGGUGUAUCACCAGAAGCUCCCAGACAACCCUGACUACGAGAAGGCACUAUUCACCGCCAGAGAUGCCAUGGUGAAGAGGAGAAGAAUUAAAUUAACGCCAUUGGAGAGAGGUUGGACAGGGGCUAAAGCUGGUGGAAGGAGUAUUGGACCCCCUGAUCCUGUUGGCGAAGAGACCUUCGAAGGUUUCGAUACAAGAAUUCUCGAAUACAAAAUGGUAUCGGUUAUGACUGGAAAUCUGGGACGAAAGAGGAGAGUGAGUACAAUGGUGAUAACUGGAAAUGGAAAUGGUCUCGCUGGAUUUUCCCUGGGGAAGGCAUCAGAGGGUCGAGCUGCGUUGAGAAUGGCGAAAAAUCGUGCUGUUAUGAAGCUGAUGUACAUUAAUCGGUAUAAAGAGCACACUGUGCAUCAUGAUUUCUUUACGCAAUUCGGAAAGACGAAGAUCUUCGUCACGAAGAAGGCAGAGGGGUACGGGUUGGUAUGCCACAGGGCAAUCAAGACUUGCUGUGAAAUUAUUGGGAUUAAGGACUUGUAUGCGAAGGUCGAAGGAUCUCGUUGUCUUCAGCAUAUCAUUAAGGCGUUUUUCAUUGGAUUGUUACAACAGAAAACGCACGAACAAUUAGCUGAAGAAAAACAGCUUCAUCUCGUCGAGUUGAAGGCUGAGAAUGGAAAUUAUCCGGUUGUUGUGGCUUCGCCGUCGAUUGUGAGAAAACCCGAGGAAAUUCCAUCGACGGAAGUUAUGGAUUUCACUCAAUACGUAAUGGGUGGCAAAGUUGUUUACAAAAAGAAGAAAUAUCCACCAUUUUACACUCGCCUGGCCUCGUGGACCGUCAGACUACGAAAAACUGCGUAUUUGAGGAAUAAAGAUGAGGUGAGGACUCGAUUAUAUGCAGAACAUGGGGAACUCCGGAGUUUUAUGACCGACAAGUAUCCGGAGGCUAAACCGCAGCUGUGGAGUAAGGCGAAAAAUAAAGCCCCAGAGUAAAUCAAGUUUAAAUUCUUCAAGUUUAAUAAUCAUGUAUAUAAUUAAGUACUGAAUAAAAAUAGAAAGAACAGUUUCAAUAACUCA